AUGUCUGCUCAAAGACGAAAUCAUGUAGUACAGGAUUUUUUCGCAAGCAAAGGUGCCAUUCUCGAAGAAAGGCGCUUCAAAUCUUCGCUCAUUCAAGAACGUUUGCGAAAGCUUGGUGCGUUUCCCGCGGCAAGAAAUGUUGUGGUUGACGGGAAAAACGAAGUGGAGAGUCGACUCCCGCGUGAAGUUUAUGCGGUGCACCGGAAAGCCUGCGAUGCCGGAAAUACAAAAUACAUCGACCCACUAACGGGCCAAAUAGUGCCAACACGUCAUUUUCACUUGCAGCGUGGUAUAUGUUGCGGAAAUAGAUGUCGUCACUGUCCAUUUGGUCAUGUGAAUGUCCCUUCUGCUUCAGGUACGAAUUAA